CCGCAGCUGUGCGGAUUGUCCCCCCGAGACCAGUAUCGAAGCCACGCAAACACACCAAGGAUCACUGUUGAGAUUGAAUUCACGCGAUCAGCUCUCCCUGGCGCGCUGUCGCAUGUCCCACGCGUAAUCCCAUGACUGCUAGGUAGCGACACAAUGCCCCCGCGUCCAGCGGAGCGAGACUCGCGCCUCUCGAUCGGCGCCCGCAAUGUGCCCAGCUUCAGCCUCGACACCUUCGCCAGCAAGGACUUUAUCGUCAAAGACUUUAUAGAGAACCUGUCCGAAUCCGCAAUCCAUCCAUCGGGUCGCCGCUCUGCUCCUGCAAGCACAGCAGCGUCGACAAAGGAGGCGUUCGACCCGAAACCUCUGAUUCGCGCCUUCGAGGCUACGCUCGCUCGACUGGGCUCCCUUUCUGAGGAACUGAAUGAGCAAGAGACUGAGUUGAGUGCUAGUGUACGACGUGCGGAAGCUCAGCAUAAUUCCAACGUGGCCAGCUUGAGCAAGAAGCUCGAACAGGCAAUAGAGCAGUUCAAUCGGUUAGACAACACGUUGAAUGGCAGCGAUGCUUCUGGCAGAGAUGGGCCGGACUCUGGAGGAGCUUUUGCGCUGAGAACGGGAGAACGGUUGGAAGAGUUGGAACGGCAGCAUAAACGAGCACAAGACGCAAAGUUCUUGAUACAGUGCUGGAACGAGGUCAGCGAGAAGAAUACGCUUGGUCCGCUCGAGGACAUGCGCCGGAGCGGAGGGAGCGACAAAAAAGUACGGUGUGCGAGUAUUGCGCAGCAGCUUCUCAAGAUCAGCCAUAGACUGGAUCCGGAGCCCACAGUGCGGCAGACAAACGGCACCAGCAAGAGCCUAGGUGUCAAUGGCACUUCAAACGGCAAUAGCAAGAGCCAAAACGGCAGCGCAAACAACAGACUGAGUUCCAAUGGUAAUGCGACCCGCGAAACUAUAGAGCGAUUCCUCGAAUCGCUCGAAAAAGACUUGCUUGAUCAGUUCGACGACCAUUAUCGUCGUCAGAACUUUGAAGGGAUGAAGGAGUGUGCCACGGCACUACGCGACUUUAAUGAUGGUGCUUCCGUCAUGGCGCUCUUCGUCAAUCAGCAUAAUUUCUUCAUUGACCGCAGCCAGCUCGUCACUGACGAAAUAGCUGGUGAUGAGGAGACCUGGGCACGGAUUGGAGACCCAGAUGCGGAGCCUCCUGGUGUCGAGCCGGGGCUGCAGGCACUGAUUGAUGAGGUUAGGCUUGUGCUGCAAGACGAGAGUUUUUACAUAAGACGGGCGUUUCCGUAUUAUGAGGAAGUGCUGACGAGAUUUUUGCAAAGGGUUUUCCAACAGCCAAUACAACAACGUCUUGAAAUGGUACUCCAGAAAGCCGAGUCGAUAUCUUCUCUGGCAUUUCUUAGGACGCUUCAGGCCUCACGGAGUUACAUCGGUGCCCUGGUGGACGAUCUGAAAGCCCACGGCCUAACCGAGCAUCCUGAACCUGCCUCAGCGCACAUCUCAUCCGUCCUUGACCAGCAAUUGGACGAUUUGUUCGUUCCGUAUCUGCUGGGCUCAUCGUACAUUGAACGCGAAAAGAAGUCACUGGAGGAGCUGUACUCGUCGCUGCUGCUUAAGUUCACCAUCUACCACUCAAGGCGGCAGAAGAAGCCGACCACCUAUCUGGACCGCCUCGGUCAGCGAGGCCGCCAACUUAUGGAUUCUGCGAGAGACGCCUAUAUGGAACGUUUGGAUUCAUCCGAGCUCUCAGCUUCGCAAAAAGCGAUGCUGCUUCGUAUUGCAGGCGUCAAAGACGAAACACCUGCCGGGGGUAAAGCCAAAGCCGAGAUCGAGGUCACAGAGGAGGACGGAAAGCUAAGUGUGGCUACCGCUAAACGCAUGCUACGUUGGCUGGCUGAGGGGGUAGGCCGUGGGUUGGAGCUGAGCAGCCCGACUGAAACGCCGAAAGAUGUGCAACAACUGCUCGGCCUUUUGUUCACUCAAAUGGGCGAAAUCUACCUCAACUCGGCGUUAGAGGCCACACUCGAGAUGACGAAUGCGCAGAAAAACAACACGAAAACGGACCCGGAUCUGGACUUUCUGCCAGACUUACGGACGUCGAUAUCAAUACUGCAUCUGCUACAAACAAGCGUGAGCACGAUGCUUUUGCCACUUGCCACCCCAAAUGUCACCGUGAGGCGGGAUAUUGAAAAGACGGCCACCAGCACGCUGAACACGCUCGAGAACAAAAUUUCCACCAUUCUGCAUGAGACUUUGGACACGGUCGUGGCCUGGGUGUACAAACUGCUUGCAAAUCAACGCAAGACGGACUUCAGACCCAGAGACGAGGAUUUAGCAAGUGCUAUUGAGUCUACGCCCACGUGCAAGAGCAUAACCACCUUCCUCACCAAGGUCCAACGCCUCGCUUCGCUCGCUUUGGACGGCGGCAACCUGUCCAAUUUUCUCGGGGAGGUUGCUUCGGCACUACGCGCCGCGCUCUUGGAGCACCUGCGCAAGUUCGUUGUCUCACUCACGGGCGGGCUAGUCGUCUCCUCCGACGUGACGAAGUACAACGAAUUGGUCAGAGGAUGGCCGCUGAAGGACACUGCGUUCGAAAAGGAGGGUGGCAUGGACAUCCUAGUGGAGGUAGCGAAUCUGUUCGUCAUCAGCCCGGACGCUCUCCGGGAGCGGCUACGGAGCAGUGCGGAGGCAGGGAAGGUGGAGGUCGCGGAAUUGAAAAAGUUUGUAGAGAGGAGAGAAGAUGCCGGCAGCGUCGGUGUGCAAGCUGUGCUGAGCGCUCUGUAAGAGUCGACAAUGCAUGCACUUGGGUCUGACAGCAUGGCUUGCACCUUUUUCUUGCGACAUCAAUGCGCAGCGCAGAGAUGGAGCCUCGUACUUGGUCACCGUUAUGCAUACGCGUUUUGCGAGUUGCGGUCAUAGCGUACGCCGUUGGAUUGGUUUUUAUUUUUUUUUUUUAAAAAAAAAAAAGAAAAAAGAAAAUUCGAAGAUUGCUGGUUCCAGAAGACUUUCGCUUUCUUGAUGCGACUGCAUUGGCACCAUGCAACACGAGCGGUUACCAGAGGGCCGUGAGUUUCACCUCUGCAGAGCGAGCAAACCUUGGG